CAAAGCAUUUGGCCGAUUACACAUCUGCCGCAGUCGUCCCCCAUUGUGUGCUGGGAGUCCUAAAGCAAGCCAUCUGCAUGGCUCCUAAACAAGAGAAAAGAAAGCGUAAAGCACAGAAGCGCGCAUCGCAGGGCGAGAUUUCCUCGCCUUCCAGCACGGACCCGGAUGGAGUCACGAUUCCGUUGUCCGAGAGCAACAUUGCCAGCGCGUCCUCAGCGCCGGUUUCGCAGCUGAAUGCCCCCGGUCGCCGCCGUCCAGGGCGUGACCACCGAAGCCGGGGCAGGCGGUCGUCGCUGGCGGGAGCCGCCUCCCCUCCGGGUGACCGCAGGGACGUCGAGGUGGCUUCAAGCGCUAGGAACUUCGCUGAGGAGGCCGCAAGGACCGCCGUUCCUGAUGACACAGGCUCGAUUACAUUGAAACGAAUUCAAAGUCAGCCUUCAGAGGAGAAAUAUUCCUCGUCGAUGACAGCAGGCAAGGCACCGUGUAGAAGUAGGCGAAAGUCCUCCGGGGGGACGCAGCAAAAGUCAGUGGCGAAGUCUUCGCAGCGGGAGGAACUGCUGGCCGCCCCAAGAAGUGCUGCGUCUCCAGGCAGAAGCAUUUCCACGACCGCUGCGGCGCACGGACGAGCCGCGCCGCCAAAGCCAAUUACUGACCAUGCUGCACCUCAAACGCGCCCUUCUCAGAUUAGAGCGGAAGACCAUGGCAGCACGUCUUUUGAGAAGCUUGCGCACUCGUCUUCGAAGCGGGUGCCUUCGGAGAAGCAGGUUACCCCGUCCAGGCGCGCAUCUUCUGGAGGUGCCGGGCGCCCGCCUUCCUACUCCAGUUCAGUUGCACGGUCGCGGUCAGCGUCCCGAAGCCACCAGACUUUGCUUUCUGAACGAAGUUUGCCUCGUGACAAAGCUUCCACGCUCGUUCCGACCAUGGAGUCGCCUUCGACAGCUCUUGGAAAGAUCGAAAGACUUUCUUUGUUGGCGUCUUCUCCGAGGACGCAGGAUUCGAGAAAGGGCGAUGACGACAGAGUGUAUUCGUUGAUUAUGAAUCAUGCUUCGACCAGAGACUCCGCUUCUCCCCUUUCACCUGACCGGUGGUCCAGCAGACGCACAUCGAGGUUGCCGACGCCCGACAAGGCGCGCACUGGCCAAGAAUCACCGGCAGUUCCGCCGAUGCGCACUGCGCCCGAGAUUUCUGAGGCUCGCGAGAAAAUGCCGGCGACGCCGCAAAGGAAGCGGAGCAAGACGUCACUGUCUCGAAGGGGAAGCUUGCGCGAGGGCGCCUUCAUGUCGGAACACCAAAACUACAGCCCCGUCAUCGUCGGCUGCUCGGCGCUCGUCGUGGCCAGCUUUUGCGUCGUCGUCGUUGUCGUCCUCCUGCUCACGUCGCCGGACAAGCGCGGCCGCGUCGCCUGCGAGUCGGCAGCCUGCGUCGAACUCAACGACAUGCUCAAAUCCAGCGUGAACGCGAGCGUGCAGCCGUGCGUCAACUUCUACAAGUACGUGUGCGGUCCGCCGUUUGCGGGUGACCACACCUCGGUGUACCGCCAGCUCGUGGAAAGAUUCGGCCGCGCCCUGAUUUCCUUCGCCAACGACGACUUCGUGGUCUCCGCCAUCGGUCAGACUCCGGUCCAGAAGGUCGCGCUCUUUCUGCGGACCUGCUUGCUUGCGAACACGUAUACCGACGAGCAGACUGAGCUGGCCAAGUUUAGGGGGAAGCUUAUGGAGAUCGGUGUCGUGUGGCCUAACUUUUCCCAGGCGCCCAACGUUAUAGGUACGGCGGCCAAGGUGUACGCGACGUUCCGAGUGGCUCCCUUGCUUGACAUCAAGAGGAGCCGCGUCGGCGAAGAAGGCGAUCCAUACGCGAGCGUUGGACCCGGCACCGUCCUUCCCACUUGGAAAGAAAAGAGAGACAGGAUGCGGCUCUCCAAAACUUAUGAAGUGUUCUACGCAGACACCGUCGCGUUUUACGCGGGACAGAGCAGCAGGCCGAGUCGCUCGGAGUUCAAGAAGUUCGAGGACUUGGAGAGCGUAGUCCUGGAAAAGCUCGUUUACAACGGUAGGAGCCGCGCAGACUACGUGCACCAUCUGCACACCGUGAGCUCGCUCGAGACUUUCACGCCGAAUGUGAAAGCCGGGGUGUGGCAGGCUCUGGUCACCAAUGACUUGGGACUUGCAACAUCGGCAGAGGUUAGAGUUCGCAAUCCGGAGUAUCUGAAGCGUUUCAACGACGUCCUCGGGGAAGUACCAGAGCAAGAUCUGCACUUUUACCUCGAUUGGUGCGUGUUGCAAGCGAUGGGUCGUUUCAUAAGCGCGUCACUCUCGAACCUGUGGUACACCGGGUCGGCGACAGCGCGUGACCCGACGGCUAGCGGAGACCCGUCUUUCAGCACGCCCAACGCGGCCGACUGCUUGCAGCUGACGGAGUCCCUGCUCGGCUGGUCGCUGUUCCAGCACUUCGCGGUGGCCAAGCUCAACCAGAGCGUCAUGAACAGCGUGAAAGUUAUGGCGGACAUAAUCGGCACAGGUCUCGUCAGGCGACUAGAAGUUGCACCCUGGCUCAGCCAAAUGGAUCCUCCGCACUCAGUCGAGGUCUUGGUAACCAAGGCUGACUUCGAAGACGUGCUCAAUCAGAGCUCGCGGUUUUCGGUGCCGGGCGCUCUGGCCGCUGCAUUGGCUAACGUGAGCGACAUGCACAAUUCGUCGUUCUUCACCAACUGGGUGAACGCCGCCGCGACGACGGCCCGGCUUCCGAAAAGUACUUGGGACCAGGUUUCAACCAGCUACAUCGCGGACAUAAGAAACAACGACCACUUCGUCGCCUUCGACCCGGCAAGACAGUCCGUACGCCUCCCUCCUUACUUCGCCAUGGUGCCCGUGUUCCACCGGGACGUCACCGACAGCGCCAACUACGGCGGCCUGGGCGCGAUCCUUGGAGCCGCGUCCAUUCACCUUCUCGUGUCGAGGCUGUCGCGCAACGAAUCACUCGCUCCGCUGCUCGCCGAAGCUGGCCGGAGACUGGACUGCUACGCCAAACCGGCGGCGGAAAACGCGACUGCGUUUCCCCGCGAACGCGUGUACCUCGCCGCCUCGCUGCCUGCUGUCUGGGAAACGUACCAUAACCGCAAGCUCCUCGGCGUAGGCGAUCAUCGAGGGCUGAGGGACUUCUCGAGCGAGAAGUCCUUCUUCGUGACGAUGUGCUAUUUGCUCUGCGACGGCCGAGACGAUCCGGAAGCUGCUGAGUUUGCCUGCAACGCGGCCGUCAAGAACAUCAAGGCUUUCAGUGUCGCCUACCACUGCGAGAGGGACUCGCCCAUGCACCCGAGGCACAAGUGCCAGCUGUUCAAAUAGAUGGAACCGGUGGCGAGUUUAUCAGGCUACAUACUGUAUAUCAGUGGGAUUAGCGGCGGAAUCGAACGACAGCACAUUUUACGUAUUGA